CUGCUGGCGCGAGCGGUGCCGCGAGCAGGUCCUUGCAUCCCCGCGGGAAGGUGUGCCUCGGGAGGAGCGCUGCCCCUGCUGCACGGAUGCGUCCCUGAAUGCCGCUCGCGGGGGGAGCAGGUGGCACAGCCGCUCUCCCCACCAAGGAGGCGGCGGUCUUCGCGUGGGUUGCCUUUGCUGGCCAUGCCAUUACUUGCAAGUGGCCAGGAGAGCAGCAGCCCGGCCCUUUCUUUCAGUGCUCGGAUGGCGGAACGAGGGCAGUGAGCCGGCGAGCCGAAGGAGAGCAGCUGAGCUGCGGAAGGCAACCAGUUCCUCCCCAGGAAUGAGUAAGAGUUCGACUCAUCACCGCUUCCUGUUCCCACAGCAAGUGUUGCAUCUCUGGGACUGAGUUGAGGAGGGGAGGAAGGAAGAGGGCAAGAUGGCUCGGAAGAUGAGUGUCGACCAGCUGGAGGACCAGCUCCUGUGCCCCAUCUGCUUGGAGCUUUUCAAGGAGCCCCUGAUGCUGCAGUGUGGCCACUCCUUGUGCAAGUCGUGCAUGGUGCUGGCAGCCGCGGGUGACGUGGCCAGGCCGUUCCUCUGCCCCGUGUGCCGGACGCCGGUGGACUGCAGCAGCUCCCCACCCAACGUUGACUUGGACCGCAUCAUCCAGCUGCUGCUGCAGAGCACUGACAGCUCAGACCCAAACGAAGAGUGCUGCCCCCUCCACCGGGACACCCUCAAGCACUUCUGUGAGCAGGACCAGGAGGUGAUCUGUGGGUCUUGCUGCAUCUUUGGCGUCCACCAGCACCACAAAAUCAUCCCUGUCACCACAGUCUACAGCCGGAUGAAGGAGGAGCUCUCAGUGUUGAUGACCAAGAUCCAAAACCAGGAGAGAGGUCUGGAAGAGCACGUCAGCAAGCUGGUGAACAACAAAACGCGCAUCACGAACGAAUCGGAUGUCUUCAAAUGGGUGAUCCGGAAACAGUUCCAGGACCUGCACAGGUCCAUCGACGAGGAGAAGGCCCGGCUGAUGGAGUGGAUCGAGCGGGACACGGCUCACCUUGUCGCAUCCCUGGAGAUCCAGGUGAAGCAGGCCGCAGACACCCUGCAGAAGCUGAAGGAGCUGGAGAGCUACCUGCACAGACUCAAUGACGAAGGCCAGCUGGGAUUCAUCCGGAAAUACGGAUCCCUUCCCUCCAGGGCCAUGCUGCAGCAGCACCCAGCCACAGGCACGUUCAGUGCCGUCUCCUUCAAGCCCGGCUUCCACCAGGACGACGUCAAGAUGAUGGUGUGGAAGCGUCUGCUGCGCAAGGUCCUCCCAGCUCCGGAGACGCUGAAGCUGGACCCCACGAGCGCCCACCCCGCGCUGCAGCUGUCCAAGGGGAACACCGUGGUGCAGUGUGGCCUGCUCUUCCAGCGGCGGGGCAGCAGCCCUGACCGCUUCGACUGCAGCAACUGCAUCCUGGCCGACAGGGGCUUCUCCUGGGGGAAGCACUACUGGGAGGUCAUUGUGGGCCCCAGGAGCCACUGGCGUCUGGGCGUCAUCAAGGCCACAGUCAGCCGCAAGGGCAAGCUGACCAAGAGCCCCGAGCACGGCGUGUGGCUCAUUGGCCUGAAGGAGGGCAAGGUCUACGAGGCCUUCAGCAGCCCCCGCGUGGUGCUCCCCCUCUCCGCGCCCCCCCGCUGCAUCGGCGUCUUCCUGCACUACGAGAAGGGGGAGCUCACCUUCUACAACGCCGACAGCCCAGACGAACUGGCGCACCUCUACACCUUUCAGGCAGAGUUCCAGGGCAAGCUGUACCCGAUCCUGGACAUGUGCUGGCACGAGCGAGGCCCCAACCCCUUGCCACUCAUCCUGCCCACUCCCGCGAUGGUGCGGGCCAAGGAGGACGGGCCCCCUGCCCAGGAACCCACCAAGCUGUAGGGUGCAGCUCCCAACAGUCAGCCGCCCGUCCAGAAAGCGAGUGCCGCCUCAGACGACUCUUCUCCUGCUGUGCUUUGCUUGGCACAAGGAAUGGCCCCCAUGCUCUCACAGGGCUUCCGCCCUCGGGCAGGCCCA